AUGGCAGACGAGAAGGACAUCACAACUGUGGCUUCCAAUAACCAGGGCUCCGAUGUGGAGCCCGGCCAGGUGGAUUCGCUCGGCCAUGAAGACUACGGCUGGAAUCGAGGCCUCUCGCCUCGCGCAGUCAUCAUGCUGUCCCUUGGUGGCGGUAUUGGACUUGGACUCUGGAUAGGGACUGGGAGUGCGUUAUCGAGUGCGGGACCCGCUGGUUGUGCGAUUGGAUAUGCCUUGGUCGCUCUCGCUAUCUAUAUUGAGUUCCUCUCAAUCGGAGAGAUGACCUGCUACAAGCCCAUAAACGGGGGCUAUAUCCGCCAGUGCAUGGAGUACGUCGACAAAGGAGCUGCCUUUGCCAUGGGCAUGAAUCUCUGGUUCUCAUGGACCAUUACAGUGUCAGCAGAGAUCAUUGCAUCUAUCAGCGUGCUGCAGUACUGGGAGGGACCUAGGAACUUUCCCACCGCUGCGUAUAUUACCAUCUUUGCCGUUGUUACUGCAAUACCCAACCUCUUUGCAGUUAGAAAGUACGGCAAUGUCGAGAUUGUGAUGAGUGGCUUGAAGGUAUUCUCUAUUCUAUCUUCUAUGUGCUUCCUGUUCAUCAUGGCAUCUGGUGGUUUGCCUUCGUCGAAUGGACCCCUGGUCUUUCACUACUGGAAGACCCCGGGAGCAUUCAACAACGGAAUGAAGGGGAUUUGUCAAGCGCUUCUACAGGCUGCCUUCAGUUGUCCAUCUGCUGGCUGGGUGGCCAUAACAGCCGGCGAGAUGAAGGACCCUCGAAGAACCGUGAAGCGAUCAGUCAACCCACUCUUCUGGCGCAUGUUUCUGUUCUACAUUAUCAACAUUUGGAUAGUUGGCAUGUGCAUUCCGUACAACCAUCCUGACCUCAAUGCAUCCGGGACACUGUCGAGCCCAUUUAUCCUUGCUAUCCGUGACGGUGGUUCGCCCACCUUUGCGCAUAUCAUCAACGGGCUCGUCUUCGUCACAGUGCUCUCCUGUGGAAUUACCUCGUAUUAUGUCGCUAGUCGCUGUCUAUCACAUAUGUCCGAGCUGCAUAUCAUCCAUCCGUACUUUGGAGCCAAAGACUCGGCUGGCCGUCCAUGGCUGGCUCUCGCUCUGAGCGGUCUCCUCGGUGGAGGACUCACAUAUCUGAAUUUGAACAGCACGUCGGCCCAGGUGUACACUUGGUUUUCCAACUUGGUUGGCAUCUCUUCCUUCUGUAACUGGUUUCUCAUAUACGUCUCCCAUAUCCGAUUCCGACAGGGUCUGAAAGCGCAGGGAAUCGACAAUAAGGCCCUUCCAUUUCGUGAUCGCUGGGCGCCAUACUCACAAUAUCUUGGGAUGGUUCUGAUCACACUGUUCCUGGCAGCACAGCUGUACUUUGCCAUCUUUCCAUUCACCGGCAAGCCGAGUGCUGAGAACUUCUUUGCUACCUAUAUCACUGUGCCGCUAUUUGUGCUAGAUUAUAUCUUGUACAAGUACUGGUUCAAGACAAAGCUCAUCGGUCCGACGGAAAUGGAUUUCAGUGCAGCGGAAUAUUUCGACAGGAUCGACGAGGCAGAGAAGGAACAGGAGAGACUCAAUCCAAGCCCCCAGAAAUCAAUUCUAGAUCGGAUUUGGGCAUUCAGAACUGCAAUAAUCUAG